UCGACUCGCAUCUCGGUGGCCAGGUGUUGGGGCCGCGGAAUCUCCACAGACCCGACUCGGAGCAGGACAGGUGAGACGAUAUUCUGGCUAGGAUGGCUCAAUAACAGUCGGCCGACACGAAAACUUUCUAUAAAUAAUCCUGAUGUCCGGCCCGGUCGGCCGCCGCUCGCCGCCGAGAGGGUAGAAGAAGAGAGUCCGGGGCCAGAAGUCGGGAGAGCCGCGGCGGGCGGGCAGCUCUCGGAGGCGGAACGGCUCUCUCUCGCUCGCUCGGGUACACCCACGCACGCACACGCACACACACGCACUCUCUCUCUUUCUCUACCUUUCUCCGGGGUCGCGGCGACCCCUGGUUUCAUCAAGCCGGAUAUCUCGUUGGCUCGUCCCUGGACGAUAAGCAGCGACGUAAGAGCGAACGACGAAUGACACCGGGGGAGGUGACGCCGUUAGAGGAUACGUGAGUAUAGGGGCCAGCCCGAAGAAGCUCCGUGACCGCGGCCGACCGCGACGUAACCGCGCGACGCAGUCCCGGGUGUCGCGCGUCAGGUAGGCAGAGGAAGAGGAGACUGGAGGUGGACAAGUGGAAUCUAGGGGGGUGGGGAUGGAGCCGGAUCAACGAGGACGCGCCUCGCGAGCCUCGUCGACGUCUAGCCUCGGACGCGAGGUCCGUUGCGGCUGUCAGUACUACCAGAGCGACUCGCUUCUGCCGGAACGACGUGCUCUCCUCGGUAGACCGCCGUCCAGGACGAUGCAGCAGCCACCUGCGGUCCGCUGCAGCGAGCACGAGUACGAACCGAUCGCGGCGCCGUCGCCGUCGCCGAAGCCGGCGGUGGCGCCGGUGGUCCGGAUCUCCGACACGGAUGUGGUGCCCGUCGCAGAUAGCGACGACAGCAUCGACGACCGGGGACGGUUGCCGCCGGAGUUGACACAGGCCGGCGAUGUCCGGCUCCCGUUGGACGGCAAGAUCGAAGACACUGCGAUGGAAGGCCGGGAACUCGUCGAAACCGGCGACACGUCCGAAGAAAUGGAAAGUCCGCAGCAGCUGCAGGAAAGGUUGGAAGAGCGAUUCCUCAGCACUGCGACACCCGGUGCCGAAUCAAGGACGGACGGCGAGGUCAACACUAGUCAGGUAGACUCGCUGGCAUUGGAAGAGCUGCCGCUGCGUCGAGGAGCACGCGGGCUGCCCCAGCGUCUGAAGACGCAGGCCGGCAAACUGCGCACCCGCCUCAGGAGCAUUCAGCGUCCGUCGUUUGCAUUCGCGGACCGACCGAAGCCCGAGAAACCAAAGUCGGGCAGCAGCGCACGAUCGGACAGGUCCCGAUCGGAAAAACGACCCAGCCGAAUGGAGAGGAUCAGAUCGUCCUUCUCGGACAGGCCGAGAUUCAGCCUGCCGAAUCGUCCUAGAUUCUCCCUGCCGGAUCGCUCUAAAUUCCACCUGCCCGAGCGGCAGAAGUUCAACCUGCCUGAUCGACUGAAGUUCAACUUGAAGAAACCGAAUAUACGUUUGCCGAAUGCAUUGGCUCGCUCGAAGAAGUCUUCGUCCGGGGAGCAACCGUCCACGGACUCGACGGUCGGCUCGCGCAGGAACAUCUUCGACUUCUCAACGUACCCGCGGAUCUUCGACCGGAAAUCGAAGACCGAGUACGCGACCUCAACACCAAAAGAUUCGCGCGCCCAGUCCGCAGAAAACGCGACGUACCCCAGAACGCGGAAAGCCAGAAACAGUUGGGCACAAAGAUUUGAGGAAACCGCGCCGUAUAUCGAUGAUGACAGGCCAGAGACAGAGACGGCAGCCGAAAGGUCGAAGCCUUGGAGACAUCCUUCCAUGGAGGAGCCCAGGCUGUCGAUUGUGAUGACGGACGAAGUGCUAGCCUCGAUGCCAUGGGAAGAGAAACGCCGACUAGAACAGCUGCGAUACACGGACUACGAGGAGUCCACCGAGAGAUCAGAUCGGCAGGAUCACCCACGUCGGUCGGAGACACCUAGAACUGAAGAAGAAUCUUACGAGCGGGAGCGAAUGGAGCUGGGGCCGAGAAUGUAUAGCGACGAGGGUGCGAAAGAAGUUGAAGAAGAAGCCGAGGAGGAUUGGGUGCCGGAGGAUCAAGCGGCCCAGGAGUUCAGGCCCAUUCCUCGGUCUAGAUCGUUGGAAGAGGUGCUACGCACCAGACAAGAUAAGCAAUACGAGGGAUUCGCGAUGGUGGAUCCAAGACGGUAUGGCGUGCACAAAACGCCUUCAGAGGAAGAGGAAUACGAGGAUGAGAUGGAAGAAGAGGACGAAGAGCAUGAGCCGUCUUCGGCUCAAUCGGACCGGGAACAGCAACAUUCAAGCGGCAGUUCCUGCGACCGUCGUCGCAGAGGCGUGAUAGAGGAAAUCGACUUCGAUGAGUUCUUUGUGCGAGACAAUGGAAUGCACCGAGAUGAAAGAAACCUGAACAAGUAUCUAACUCAUGAGAUCAGGGACGUUCUGGCGGCGAGUGAGGGCAAUGCCUUAGCGGACGAGGAUAUAGUACCGAUUCCGCCACAACGCGUUAGGAAACAAGCAUUGCAGAAACGAAAGGAAGUCUGGUCAGAGUCGUACGACGCGAUUCCGCCGGUCAGACCGCAAAGGGACCCGAACAGGACCAGGCGCAGCGAGUCUGCGGACGAGCACUAUCGCGAGCGAACCAGAAGCGACUCGAGGCAUCGGAUAGUCUACCAGGCGGAGGGUAUGCAGGUGGUGAGUCCGGCGGAGCCGCUGGAUGAUAUCGUGGUGGUGAAGCCGAUGCGCAGAAAAUCGAGGUCCUCGCAACGCAGUCAAUCACAGGAUGGAUCGUUGCAACCAAUGCGGCCACCAUCGCCUGUUCUUCCGCCACCAGUGGUUCCUACUCGCCGGAAACGUUCGCGGAAGGGUGCGCCUGAUGUUGAUGAACACAGAAACGGCGAAGCGUUACCAAUGUGUAACGGCCAUGGGGACUGGACUGGAAGUAACGUAGCACCUAAUAGACCGUUGCCUCCCGCAACAUCGGAGCAACUAUUAGCUGAACAGGAAGCGUACAUUGUGGAGCACAUUCUAACAACCAGCGCAGACAAUAUUCGAAGACGUCUACGGGAAGAGGAGGAAGAUGAAGGUUACAUGCCGCCGGCCCCAGUUCCACCGAAAAGAAGAUCAAGGUCCAGAGGAACAUCCAUCGCCCAAGAUGAAGACAGAACUUCACACGGCGCUGAGUCACUCCCUGAAGCCGGAUACGUGGAGGAAGACAUACCAGCGGACGAUAUGGACUUUGGACGAGACUUGUCGGGUUACGCGAUCAUCGAGAAGCGGGAGAAACCGCCGAGGCCACCGCCACCGAGACGGAAAAAGGACAAGUUUGCUACCACGCCGAGACCAGUGGCACCCAAACGGCCUCAACGUGCUUAUAGCACUUUGGGUCCGGGUAGGGCCAAGGACACUGAAAUAUUAUCAGAAUCUAUAAUCGGUGAAUUGGAGCCGGCCGAGUCGGCACCCUACAUUGAGAUCGACUUAGACGAGCACAAGGAUUUACGCAGCACGGAGGUGCUCAGCAAGAUGCAAGGGCGACCUCUGCCUGCGCCACCUAGACCUCCACGAAGCAGGAAAGAGAGAUCAUUAGACAGAUCUGCGAUAAUUCAAGACUUCUCCGCGGAAACGACGACAGCGACGCAGACGGACCCGUUACCUGACGACAUGAUCAUCGAGGAGGAGGUGACACAAGCGAAAUUGGUAGUCGCGCCGUCUAGCUCCGGCUCCCAGAUCAUGGUGUCUACUGAAAAAAUACCAACCACGCCACCGGUUCCGCCGUUACCCUCGAUAUCACAGCGCGCGCGCAAAGAUGACAGACAAGAGCCUGGUUACGACACCGUAUCGCUAAAGGCUCGAUCGCCACAGAGAGACUUGGAGACCAUGGAAGACAGACACCUAUCCGCGCCUGAUCUGGAGAACCGCGAGAUGGUAACUCACGACGAGGAGUCACUGAUACGAUCCAUUCGUUCCGCUUUCUUGUCCGAUGAGCCGGUCAGGAUUAGCAACCUCGAAGUGGGUGACUUGAGGGUAGACCGACUGAGCGUGUCGCAGAUAGAUGCGGGCAAGAUCAUCGCAUCCGAAGUGGAUGCGCUGGUGAUCACAGCGUCCGAACUGAAGAGCGUAGGCGCCGGCCUCGGUGAUAGCCUAUCGCCGUCGAUCGUCAAGGAACUGAUCGCGAUCAGGAGCCACCUGGAAACCGUGGCGGCAGCUAAUCGAGUUCAAUCGGAGACGAAGCCAGCAGACAUUCCCACCAGCCGGGACUCGCAGAGUCGCGGCGACAGCGGCGAGCGUCGUCGGGGCAGCACCGGUGAUGCCGGCGGACCGGUGUCCAGCGAAGACGAAAAGGUUGUUACCAGAGAGGUAGUCGAACCGAGGGACAAUAAGUCAUCUAUCACACAUACACUAACGGUCGCGCAAGUAGAGAUCAGGGAGAUGCCGGUCACAUAUCAUCACACGUUGCCUGUCUCUCACGCGGGACCGAGCGACAGCGACACCCAUUGUCCCACACAAUCACCCCAAGACGUAGCGAGCAUCGACGAUAAGCGGUUACGAAUUUCUGAUUCAGAAACCCCCCUUUCUUUGAGCCCGGGCACAGCUAAGGAACCCACAACGGAAUACCGCGCGUCACCCCUAUCGUCCGCAGGCACCCCAGCUGAGGAGACAGCCGAGCCUUCGCCGCCGUCGGAGCGGAGCCAAGACGAUCGCUUGGACACCGACCGACUCGACGACGCGUCCGAUUCGGUGCCAACCGCGGAAUUCUCGAGGCUGGCACCCAAGGAUAACGACAGCUCCCCCGAGCCUGAACCGCGGCGAAAGUCGCGCGGGGCCAGAUCUAGGUCACCGUCCCCUAUUAGCGUCUCGCGGACACGGCAAACGGCGUCCCCCGUGCGGUCAAUGCCGCCCGCGAUCUCCGUCACGCCGGACACACCAGACACCGUGCCCAGCCACGGUAACGCCAACGAAACGCAACCCCAACGCGCCGUCAUUUCCUAUUCCUCGUACAGAGAGCCACCUGAGAGGGACAGCCAGAGAGACCUGUCACAAUAUCCUUCCUCAACCUCGUUCCCUCUAGGUGGUACUCAUUUAAUCGCGUUUCCGGCGUCCGAGGUCCCGGCUCAUUUCCUUUCCCUAGCGAACCAACAUGUCAACCCCGAUCCCAGUAUCGUUGACGUCACCAGACAGCUGAUGAGAGUGCUUCGGCUGACUGCACUGAAGGCGGCUAGGCAACUCAUCGAAUACACGUCCUCCAUGGCAGGCGUGGACGAAGCUAGGGAGAAAAUCCGCGAAGUCGAGCGCACCCUGUGCGCCGUGCUGCUCCUGAUCGCAGGUCUGCUAAUAUUCUACUUAGGCAGCACGCGGACCGUUGUUCACCACCAUCACUGGGAUUAUUUCAGCCCGCCCAAAUAACGCUUGACGGGAACACCGAAGGGACUGUGGGAACGGCAUGAGGCAAUCCAUGCACGGUGCUCGGCAACUGAUGGAGGAGAAUUUAGAUGAAAUCUGAUAGAGAACGAAGUAAUUUUUUUCUUUUUUAGGAAGAAUUAAUCCCGAACAAAGAGAAGUUUGUAAAACGUGAUUUUUUAGAAAAGGAGUUUUCAGGGAAAAAGAAAUUUGUAGGUGUGUGGUUAUCAGCAAAAGGUAGUCAACGAUUUUUGAAGGUACUUACAGAGGAAAGGUUUGUCUCGUUGUGCUGGAGAAUAAAAUAGAAGGAACGAGAAAUCAUGGGUUCUGUAAAGUAUAACUGAGAUGUUUAGUUUGAGACUACACAGGUAGCAUUAUAGACUGUCAUCCCUUAGAUUUCCUCUUAUCUGCUGCCAAACACUCUGUAUAAAAUCGUACAGAUCUGUAUUAUAAGGCGACUAUAGUUAAUCGUGACAAAACUGUAAAAUAGACAGUUGUUCGUAUGAAAAACUAGUACGCGGAUUUUAUUUUUAUUAUUUCUUAAUCUUCGACGUUCUUCUCGAUACAGACUUGUACAAUAUGUUUAAUCAUUUUUUCCCUUGUAAUACAGAUUUGACGGGGUUUCACAUGUCGAGGAACGUCCCGCGAAAUUGUACACCGAAAAUGUUCCUUUGUUGAAAUGAAUCGAUGACGAAUAAGAUCCAUACCGGGAUUAAUACCGCUGUACAUGUUUGCUGACGUUAACAGUAUACUGGGCAUGAACAGCUCCAUGUUCUAUAUUUAUUCAAAUUCCUUAUUCUUAUAAAACGAUUUUAUAUAUUUACGAUUCAACAUUUAGGGAAAAGUGUAAUAAAACUAAAACCACGGCUAAAGUCAAGAACGUAAACACUUGAAAUUUUUAAAGAUCCUUGACGAAAGUAAGUUUGAUAAUCAUAUUUGUUGUUUACUUAACGGAAAUAAUCGAUUGCUGGACAUCGCAUCUACAGGGAAGUAUAAAUCAUGCAAAUAAUUAAUAAUAAACGUAACAAAAAUGAAUUUUAUGAUCUGGAAAUUCUUAAUGCCACAUUUGAUGAUGUAUGACUGGUACCAGCGAGAAUAUGAUAACUGCGAAUAAUUUGUUACGAGAAUACUUGUAUUUAAUGAUUAAGAGUCAAAUAUGUAUAAAAACAGUAUAUAUUAAUUACAAGUAUCGAUUACCGAAAUCAAAGCUGCUUCGAUUAUCUCUUUUAUUUUCUUUUCUUUUUUGUAUUAAUACGUAUCUUCUGAUACAACACUUGUUUUUAGCAUUAUAAUAAAACGGUCAAUAAUUGUCAGAAAAUUAAACAAUACAACACAUUCUGCAUCACUUGACCACUCGAAUAGACAUGGGUGUAUACUAUUAAUCAUAAAAAUUAAAAAACAUAAACAGAAAAUCAUAUUUUUUUGAAAUCUUAUAAAUAUUACAGAUUACAAUUCACUUUGAAAGAAAUUUUCAAUAUUGCAAUUGCACAACAGUAUCUUUCGAAAAGAGAGUACAAGAAUAAAAAAAUAUUAUAUUCACAUAAAAAGAUCUUCCUCAUACACUUUUAAGUCUCUCCUAUCUUUGUGCGCACUCUUUUGCGAGUAAUUGGCUGCGAUAGGUGACCACAUUGAGCUGGAUGUAACAUCAUUCAUAGGUUCUAUUAUAGGUUGUCUUCGUGCUAAAGAUACUUUUAACUGAAUAGAGGAUACCAUACUACCAUCCAUUUCACUAAUUGCCCUCUCUGCUGCUUCUGAUUUUUCAAAUGUAACAAAUCCUCUACUACAAAGUAAAUUUACAUAUUAUUACAACUCUGUACUACCUUAUCAAAUACUUAACCUAUAAACUACUUAUACAUACUUUUUCUCUGCUUCCAUUGAAAUAUUGAUUAUAUUUCCAAAUGUUUGAAAAUGUUUCUUCAAAAAAUCCUCUGAUAUUUUAUAGCCGCAAACAAAUAUUGUGUUCCCAGCGCGUGGUUUUGUUUCUUGUUUCAAUGGUGAUUGUGCAUCACCACUUGUACGAUCCUCUGUAUCCUGUGCACUCACAAAACUAUCAUACAAAUCUUUAACUCUUGGUCGUACAGCUUCUGUUUCCUCUUCUUCCAUUUGAGUUGCUGAGAAUGGUUGAUAGGAACUAACUGUCUUUUCUGUACUAUUUAAUUUUCUGACUAAACCACGUGGUCUUUUAAAUGAUUGCUCUGGUCUUUUAGGAGUCUUUGGAGCUGUGAUUACUCCAGACUUUAUUAACUUUUUAGCAACUUCCCUGGCAUCUCUUGCUUCCGUUGGUCGUUUUGGGGCUUGUGGUACACGUUCAAUUUCUUGUUUUGGUGCUUUCAAAUCUUGCAAUGCUUUUUUCUUUAGAAAUAAAAAAAAUAGAAACUAAUGAAAAUCAUUGUCAAAGUGAUUAAUACAAAAAGGUAACCUAUAACUUUGACAAUUCAUGGAACACUACACCAGAACAAUUAUUUUAAAGGACAAAUGAAAAGAUCGCUUUUUCUUUAAUUAUCAUUCACAUAAAUAGAAACAAUUAGUUUCUUCUUUUUAAUACUAUUAUAUGUUUACAAUAUAAACAUAACCUAUUCUGUACCUUUCUUUUAAGUUUAUUGUACUUUGCUUGUAACAUUAACUCCUCCUCCGUUAAAUUUGACGGAAAGUGUAAGUAUACCAUAUUUUGCAUGUAAUGUAAUCAAAUAUAAACUUCUUUCUCCCUACACAAUUUUUCUGCGGAAACAUUCGAUGUUUCUGUUUACGUAUUCGUUUACGUAAAACCUAGUCCCCUUGGACACUUGUUUUUAUGUACACCAUAGACUUACGAUCUGCACAGACAUUGCACACAUUGUAAUUUUCUGCCUAAUGUUCUGAAGUACCGACACUGUUAAAAAUCAUAAACUUAAGUCACAAAUUUAAGAUACGUAUCUACAUAUCUUAAGCUGUGUGUUCAGUCUAUCCUGUUUCUCGUCGGUUAAAUCUAUACCUAACUAUAACGGCAAGGUAGAGAGUGACAUUGCAAGAAUAAAACGAUUUUGCACCAAAUUUUGUAUCUUAACUUUAAAAUCUCCUAAAAUCCUUCUCGUAAAC